GAACGCUCUCCAACUCAUUCGUCGCCGCAAUUAGUUCCAGAUUCGUUCUCCCGUGACGUUUGUGCACCUCUCGGCCACUUCCACCACCUUGAGCCUCGUGCGCGGCCUACUACGGUUGCACGCCUGGAAGCGCGCGCGCGCGCCCUUACCUUGCAGUAACGCAGUAUGUGAACAUUCCCGUGAAUAAGCGUGUGUGUUUCGUAAUUUGCAUAUUUGCUCAAUCAACGAGGGACGGCGUCGUCGUCGUUGGCCCACAUUCGGUGGAGGGCGGCCCCACCUGGAACGGCGCGGGAGGGGGGACACCUCCUGCACAACUUGCUAUAGUUACGGUCCGAAGUAAACAAGAGUCUUCUUUGUGUUUUGUGACAACAACCGAGCGGAAAAGAAUAGCAGCAAGCGGUGAAGAUUUUCCACGGGGAACCGCUUCACCUUAAUAAGUUUUCCCUCCCCGCCAAGGGGAGAGACGGAGAGAGAUGAUGAGGAAAUUUGACGCAGUAGGCGAUUGCAUCUCGUGCCUAAUUUCAGCGAUAAUUUCCUCGAUUUGGAUGCCGGAAAGUUAACAACCGAAUCAUCAUCGGAAUCGGAAGUUUGCUGGAGAAGAAGAAGAAGAACGACGACGACGUAGUAGGCGGCAACGUGUGCUACAGCGGCGUAGGAGGCAACGCGCGCGCGACAAUCAAAUUAAGCUGUGAUAGAAAAAUGCUGCCACGGCCGUCGUGCUGGCGAAAAAUUCCGCACCAACGCUCGCGUGUGACGCUAAUUUUGGCUGCCCAAAUCCGAUUAUAGAAAAAAGGAAGGAAAAAAAAUCAAAAAAGUUUAACGUAAACACGCCCAAAACAUCAAAGUGAACAAACAUGCAUUCGCGCAAGUGACAGUUUGACUUUUUUUUCGCGACGACGACGACUGCUUCGAUCGACGCCCGAAAGUCAAUCACCGCAGAGUAGCACCGGUUUUGCUGGGAUCGCCUCUAAUUGAGAGCGGAAGUUGUUUAGAGAGUCGGCGGAGCCCCGAGCUUGUCGUAAUUGCUGGGAAGAGGCGCAAAUUCCGCGCGCGCUCUGAAAAGUUCGGCAGGCGUGGUCCACCGCAAGUCCAAGCCCGUCAACAGGACGACAAAUCCCGGAAUAAUGCUGAGGCGCUAUGGCACCAAUCGCGCCCAGUAUUUACGCUGCCAUCGUGACCUGUCUGGGAUUUGCGUGCUUCGCGCUGAGUGCCACCGCCGUCGGGCUGCCGGUGUGGGGCCGGUUCCGCAGCCGGACACCCGGCUUCGAAGACCAGGGAUACUUUGGCCCGUGGAAGCUCUGCCGCCAGUUGACCUUUAGGGAGCGGUGCGGCAACGGAGUGUCGUACUUUAAGCCAUCCGAUGCCAUCUUCGCGUCCGGCCUGCUGGCCACCUUUGCCUGCGUCGCGUUCGGCCUGUACUGCGUGCUGUGCAUCCUGCAGAUCGCCAUGAUCUCGUCCCGGGACAAGAUCGUCAUGCGAUACACAACUCUAGUCGUCCAGAAGCUGCUGCUGGCGCUGGUCGGGGCCGUGCUGGCCCUGGUCGGUGCCAUCCUGUUCGGGGUCACCGCCGACAGCAGCCGCGGCCAGUUCGAGGUGUCCCGCGGGGCGUCCUUCUACCUGCAGCUGGUCGUGGUGGGACUCUCGCUCUGCCUGGCCGUGGCAGCAGUGCUGGAUCUCGUCCUGGCCCGGCGACCCGGCGGAGAUCCAACGAUGCUGCCGACGGUUUCGAUCGCCGGCAGCGGGAGGUCCACGCCGACCACCGUCAUCAACCCGGGCUACCGGGACAACGGGCGGGGUGGCCGCGGCAGUCGAGUUGGCAUCUCCGUGACGGAUUCGUCCGGCCGGCCGUACACCGGCGGCAGCACCGCCACCAUGGCCUCGGGUAGCGUCCAGUCGAUGAACACCACCCUGACGUCGAUGACGGGCUCGAGCACGGUCAGCACUACGGCCACGCCGCUCCGGUCCAGCCUGAAGAAGCCCAAACCGCCCAGCAGCGACACGCUCGGCAUCCAGAACCCGGGCUACCAAUCGCCGCGGCUGUCCCGCAACGGCAGCGUCAAGAAGGUCCGCAUUCAGACGCACGACACCGAGGUGUAGUUGGUCGUGGGAAACGCGCCAUUUUUCGCUCGAUCUUAUUUUUUCGACCCCCCGGGUAAUUAUCAUCCGGGCACUGUGCAAGAUGUAAGAUAGACACACACACAAGGUUUCAACUGCUCUACAAUACCUCUGAAAACGGUAGCAGUUUCUGUUUAGUAGACAAACAUCUAUAUAUUUACAAAGGGGCACGUGGAGAUGAAUGGAUUUCAUUGAUGAACGCUAAUUUAAUAUCGGUCCGUCCCGCGCACGCAAGGUCACACCGGCGAUCUUCAAUCGAGUACAGUUAGAGGAAUGCAUUUUCUUUCUAGUACAAACCCACUGUAAAUUUGUAACCAAUUACGUGCACCAAUCCAAUUUUCUCAUCAGCCAGUAGAAAUAAAUCGAAAUCAAGUGAAUGUACAAACUUACAUAUCUAACAAAUAUUUCUUAAAAAUGCAUGUG